AUGAAUAGUGGCAUGGAGCACUUGUCCGUCACGACGGCCAGCAUUGGCCUCUUGGCUGUCGGCGGCAAGAUCCUGGACAUGCUGCUAGAGUUGAACGCGGUGCUGGGCCUGAAAACCACCCUCAUCAACGAAGCCAUGUUGGAAUCCAAGCAAUGCCGCUCCUCAGCCCACAUUCUAUACAAAACGCUCUGUCUGCUUGAAUCGGCGCGUCUGCCGUUCCCGGAGCGCAGCACCUGGAUCCAAGCUGAUGACGUCGUUGUUACCAUGGCCGACACUGUCUUGGCCUUUUCGGAGCUGCAAGAUGUGUGCUACGCCAUCGACAACCUUCUUUCAGCCUCGACCGCACCCACAGUCAUUUGCGAGAAUUUUGACCCUAAAUUGCGCAGUCUGUGCGCGCGCAUUCGAUGGCAUAACCUAUCCAUGACCAUGAUGACAACUGUUCUGCAAUGCCCUGGUAUGGUCGAUGCCGAAAACAGUCGGGCAGGCUUAGAAAAACGCAUUAUUCGCUUGCUUUCUUCAAACGUGGAACUCGCCAACCGAAUGCGAACGCUAAUUGAUGUGUUUGCCAACAUUCACGGCCCUGCCGGCUCGCUCGUCAAUUAUCGCCUCGCUGCACAGCAGCCUGCUCUCGAAGAGGAAGUUGCACGCUCCUCUAGCUCGCAGGGUUCGCGCCAAAGAAGACCAUGGUCGACCCUUUCCGGCUAUACUCUGGCCGAUAUGCCCAUCAUGUCCGUCAUCCCAAUUCCUGUCACUACUGGUGAGCUGCUCGACGGCGAACAGUGUUACACCUUCGAUUUCGCGCGCCGAGUAAGCCACGACUUGAGUGAACUCAUGAAGGCCGACGCCGGCCAAGGAACAAGCCGAUCCCUUGGAUUCAUUCUGGGCAAACCUGCCAACUUUGCACAUUACAACAAUAGUACCAACGCCAGUAAAGCAGCCUCGGAACCGAUAAUGCCCACGACGAACCCAACUAUCGUAGUCCCCCAGCCGCGCAAGAAGAAGCGGUGGCGGUGA